AUGUCCGCUCCAGCGCCAGAGUGGGUGUCCGUGGGGUACAUUGCUCUGACAGCCGCAGAGUUCCAAGACUUGCGGCGCUAUACCUUGAACGCGCGCGGUGGGGAGUCGCUGGAGCUCAUGCUCGAGCCUGAGUUCCACGCCAAGACCUUCGAGACUCCCAUGCAAGCAAUGCUCCAGCAGCGCAAGGAGCGUGUGCGCAAAUUGGGCGGCGCCCCCUCAGAGAGUGACAAAGCGGUCAAAAUGUAUCUCCGGGCAGCAGGGACCAAAGUCGCGGACGCGAUUCAGUCGGCCAACUUCGUGAUCUUGCACUUGCAAACAAAGGACAACAUCGCAGACGCGUUGUCCCGCCGCGAGCUGGUCUACCAGGACACUGGCUCCUACACGGUGGCUUCCUGGAUGUCGCCGUUCGAGGAAUUGCCGUUUAAGGACAAAUCGAAGUGGAUGCUGACCGUGCAGCAAUGCACUCUUGUUCCUCGCCUCGAGCCGUGGCUGUUUGCGGACGCAAGCUCAGCCGGCGCGGACGCCCUGCCCCGCGCCAGCGUCCUUGGAUGCACCUUCUACGUCGCUGUCCAGCCCCAAGAUGCGCCGGUGGACCUGACCCUCCAGGACACGAAGCCGCUCUUGGCUUGCCUGGCUCGCAACACCAGCGCAGCUGGACGCGAGAACCCGUUCCAAGCCGACUGGUCGGAGCCGUUGUACCCAUUGUGCUCCUCAUCUUUGACAGCCAUGAGCCUGGCAUGUUUCGCUUUCAAGAAGCCGAAGCUGCUCUUGCUGGAGAUGAGCGCGUCCCAGCUGCCGCAAAAGCAGGCCCCGUUGGAGCACCCGGUCGGCGCUUUCUGGCUGCUUCCAGCGUCUUUGCUGCUCGAGAAGAUCCAUGCUGGCGAGAUGUUGCUGCGCAAGGCUAUGUUUGAGAUGACCCAGACAAACACUCGCGAAGCUGAGCCACAAAGCAGCGUGCUCCGCGAGGUCCAGAUUGCGCGCCUUCAAGACCAGAAGCGCAAGCUGCAGGGCAACAUCGAGGGCCUCCACGUGGACAUUGCCGUCCAGGAGCGGGACUUGAAAAAGGUCCAGCGACAGUUGGUGGAGCUGGGCCAGGUCCCCAGGUCUCGGCUUGUAAUCUCCUCCGCUGUGUGUAGUAAUCGGCAAGCCACCAUGGCCACGCAAGAAGGAGCAGGGCCAGGGCAGUGGGCGUCCGUGGGAUACAUGGCCUUGACGGCUGCAGAUUUUGAAGGCAUGAGGCGCGAGUGCUGGGAAGAUUUGAUGUCAGGCCGCCCUCCGUUCCAGGAGAAGAGGUUCGUCGCCAGCUUUGUGGAGACAGCCAUGGAAGCCAUGUUCCAUCAGCGCACGGAGCGUGUGCGGCAACUGGGCGGGGCGCCCUCGGAGAAUGACAAAGCCGUGAAAGCACGUCUCCAGGUAGCAGGGACUAAAGUCCAGGAGGCAAUUCAGUCGGCUAACUUCGUGACCUUGCACUUGAAAACAAGGGAGAACAUGGCAGAUGCUCUUUCUCGCCGGGACCUGCUUUGCUGCGAUGAUGGCUUCUACCUGGCGCGGCCCUGGUGUUCGCCUUUCGAAGAAUUGCCAUUUCAGGACAAUUCGAAGUGGAUGCUGACCGUGGAGCUGCUGAGUUGCACCAAGACGUGUGAGCAAUGCACGCUUCUUCCUCGCCUCGAGCCGUGGAUGUUGGCGGACGCAAGCUCAGCCGGCGCGGCCGCCCUGCCCAGUGGCGGCGUCCUUGGAUGCACCUUCUACGUCGCAAUCCAGCCCCAAGAUGUGCCAGUGGACCUGAGCCUCCAGGACACAAAGCCGCUCUUGUCUUGCCUGGCUCGCAACACCAGUGCAGGUGGCCGCAAGAACCUGUUUCUAGCCGAUUGGUCGGAGCCCUUGUACCCAUUGUGCUCCUCAUCUUUGACAGCCAUGAGCCUGGCAUGUUUCGCUUUCAAGAAGCCGAAGCUACUCUUGCUGGAAAUGAGCGCGUCCCAGCUGCUGGUGAAGCAGGCCCCGCUGGAGCACCCGGUCGGCGCUUUCUGGCUGCUUCCAGCUUCUGUGCUGAUAGAGAAGAUCCAUGCUGGCGAGAUGUUGCUGCGCAAGGCAAUGUUUGAGAUGACCCAGACGGUCACGCGCGAAGCUGAGCCACAAAGCAAGCUAAUCCGGGCAAUGCAGGUGGCAGCGCUGCAAGGCCGAAAGCGCAAGCUGGAAGACAGCAUCGGCGGCUUGAAGGCAAAGGUCGAUGUUCAGCAGCGGGACUUGAAAAGUGUCGAGAAACAAGUGGCAGCGCUGAUGGAGGGUGGAGCAGGCCAAACUGGAACGCAUGCGAGGAGGCGCGCUGCCUGUGAGCAGGGCCAGGGCCAGCUUUGA